AUGGUGAAAAAAAAGAGACAAAGUGAUCCCGGGGAAAAUGGUGAUGAGUCCACGGAGUCUUGCGACGAGAGUGUGAAGUCCGCAUGUCCUCACGUCGCUAAAGCUGUUGACUUGACGCGAUUAAAGAAGGCCUUAAAAUCGGGGGGCUUUGAAAAAGAAUGUGCAGAGUGUAAGAAAUGCAACAAAAUUGAAGUGCCCGACCCAAAUUUCGAGGAAGACCUCACACUUUGGAUGUGUUUACGAUGUGGCACGCAACUGUGCGGACGUACACGUAACAAGCAUGCCUUGAACCAUUUCAAUACGCCACAUUCUGACUGCCAUUCAUUGACAGCCAACACUGCCACAUGGGAGAUCUAUUGCUACAGUUGCAACAAUGAAGUAACAGCCUCAAGCUCGAAAAAGUUGCAUGAGUGCAUAGAGUAUGUUAAGAAACAAGCGUCCAGUAAUAAAUCACUACCUGCCAUUGAGCCUCUCUUUGACUCCCAGCCCAAAAAUUUUGAUGUUCCGUUGCCAGCUGAAUCUAUAAUUAAAACUGAUCAGUUCUCAAAAGGGAAAGAUAAGGCAGAAGCUUCAAGUUUACCGAGAGUUAGAGGGCUUUCAAAUUUAGGAAAUACUUGCUUCUUUAAUUCAGUAAUGCAGUGCUUGGUGCAGACACCAUAUUUACAAGAUGUUCUACAUGAAAUGGCCACUCCAGGGGAGAGAUUUACAUUACCCGGGGGGAAGUUAAAACUCAAAGUGGAUGGAGAUGAUGCUAAGGAAGUAGAACUUCCACCAAUAACAGGGCAAUUGGGCGAGUGGGGGACCUUGACUCGUACACUGUCAGAAACACUUGCGGAAUUGCAAGCAGGCGAGGGCGGUGUCUAUACGCCACGGAAGCUGCUGCUGGCUUUAGUCAACAAGCUGCCACAGUUCGGAGGCGGCGACCAACAUGAUGCCCACGAGUUGCUGAGGCAUUUGCUGGAGGCAGUGAGAUCGGAGGACCUACGCCGUUACCAGUCGGUGAUACUCAGCAGCCUGGGCAUGAGCUCCAAGGUGGACCCGGCCAAAGUCGACGGGGAGGUCAAGCAGAAGGUCAAGUUCUAUGGACAGCAGGCGUCCGAUACGAUGCUGAGACCUGAACAGGUAUUUCGCGGCUUCCUGGUUUCGACGCUGGAGUGCCAGGAGUGCUUCCAGCAGUCGGACCGCGCGGAGUACUUCCUGGAUCUGUCGCUGCCGGUGGCCGCCAGCCGGCCCCAGCCGCCGGCCCUCGUGCGCCGGAAGACCCCCAACGAGGAGAAUAUGUACAAUGUGCAAGAGGAUAAUAAGCCGUCAAAACACCAACUCAAAAAGGAGAGGAUGGCCGCGAGGAAAGCCGCGCGAAAGAACAAAGGUAACGCCACCGGCAAAGAGAAGAGCGCCAGCGAGGCGGGCGGCGCGAAAGAGGAAGGGAAGUCGUCUUCGGAGCAGUCCGAUGCGGACGUGGAAGACAACCUGGAGGACGCGCCCAGACACGCAGACACGCACACGGCGUCGGUGGGCACGCAGGCCAUCGCGCACACGGCCGCCAACUUCGCCGCCUACCACAUGGAGUCGGGCUACAACUCGGAGAAGGUGAUCAGCUCCGACUCCAUCCGCACCAGCCCCGUGGACCUGGACAAGGAGAAGGCGGACCACACGCCAGAGGCCGCCGACAAGGACAAGGAGUUCGUCAACUCGUCCACGUCCACGACCGUCAUCGCGCUCGAGUACAAGUCGCUCGCGUCCCUCAACAGCUUCCAGUCGAACCCGGACUCCGGCGUGGCCAGCCCCGAAGCGACCAAGCACAACUCCACCGAGACCGUGGACAACGUGGACUCGCCCGUCAACGGCAAGGAGCUGGGCAGCCACAGCUCCCUCUCCAGCGAGAUAAACCUCGACCUACCCAGUCCGCAGCACAGCAAACUCUCCCCGGUGAAGGGCGAGUACGAACGACCUGUGUCGCGGAUCGCGUUCGCGCCGGAGUACUCCAACGAGGUGGUGUCGCGCGGCAUCAGUGUGAAGGGCUCGAGGAGCCUGUUGGAGCACAGCGGCGAGAGCAGCUACGAGUCCCUGCCGGAGAGCAAGGCCCAAGAGCCCCAGGCGUCAUUCAACAACCUCGGCAAACACCAGGACGUGACUAACAUACUGGACAAGCUGAAACUCGACAUGGAGGAGUCCAAGCCGAAGCCCACUUACCCCUCGCCCGUGGCGGCGGAGAGCGUCCCAAUAGAGCCGCCGCCGAUGCCCCGGCCGAAGAUGAACAACAUAGAGGCGGAGAAGAGCCGCGACUUCCUCUCCCUCAACCGCCAAAGCCCCCUCUCGCCCCGCUACGUCUGCGACGAGGACGAGUGCAGCAUCCAGUCGUGCCUCAGCCAGUUCACGGCGCUCGAGCUGCUCACCGGCAACAACAAGGUCGGCUGCGAGACCUGCACGGAGAGGAUCAACGGGAAAGACGGCAAGACCGUGUACACCAACGCCACGAAGCGCUUCCUCGUCUCCAGCCCGCCGGCCAUCCUCAUCCUCCACCUGAAGCGCUUCCAGAUCGGGCCGCGCUGCAUGUUCCGCAAGAUGACGAAGCACGUCGACUUCCCCACCGUGCUGGACCUGGCGCCCUUCUGCGCCAUGGACAAGCUUAAGAAGCUGCCGAACGUGGCGCGCGGCCAGAGCGAGCUGCUGUACUCGCUGUACGGCGUGGUGGAGCACUCGGGCGGCAUGCACGGCGGGCACUACGUGGCAUACGUGAAGGUGCGGCGGCCGGUGAAGCCGGGCGACCCCAGGUGGUGGUUCCUGCCCAAGAGCGCCAACAUACCGGCCUCCGGAGGGGGCGAAGGCGACGCGGACUCGGAGUCCGACCUGUCCGGCUACGAGUCCGGCGAGGGCCCGGCCCCGGCCGUCGACCCGCCCGCCGGCAAGUGGUACUACGUCUCCGACAGCAUGGUCUCCGAGGUGACGGAGGACAAGGUGCUGAGGGCGCAGGCCUACCUCCUCUUCUACGAGAGGAUCCUG